AUGGCAAAUGUGCUCACUCAUCUUUGGGCCUUCCAAAUAACUUGCGCCACGGAAAUCGAGCGCUUAGCACCUCUUGCGUUGGACUGUGUGUUUAAUACACAUAUUUCAGCAUUCGAAGAUCCAUUCAUCUCAAACUUGGUUGAAAAUAAGGAACAAAUGAUUGACCUUGGACGGAAGAUUUACCUCAGCAUGGAUUACCUACUACAAGAUGAGAUGGAGCUUUUCGGCCCAGCGUCCACGUUCUAUCCUCUCAGAGUGGCUUAUCAAAGAUUCAAAGCAAGCCAACCUGAAAGUACGGGAGAUAUUGCCUACAUUGAGAACAUAGUUGAUAGACUUGCUCAGAAGGGUCUCCUAGCCUCUCGAUCCAUUAUUCUGGACAAUUAA